GAACCAAUAUUUGAGAAGACAAAUAAAAUUUUGUCCGCCGAGUGUUCUACUCCCUGUUCAAGAAUCUUGUCAGUUUUGCCACAAGGACUCGAGGGAACAGGCAAGAUGAUGUUUUGGCUGGCUUUUAUGCUAUUGCUGUCCGCAGCACAACGUGGAGAUGCUCAGUGGGACUGGCUCACUGGGAUUUUUGGCGGCGGUACUACCGGUAGCAGCACCGGCCAAAACGACCCCAACUGUGGGGUGGCGGCUGGCUCGCGUAUCAUCGGCGGGCAGUACGCCUCGCAGGGCAUGUUCCCCUGGCAGGUCAGCCUGCAGAACCUCGCCCAGGGAGGGUCACACGGCUGUGGGGGGUCCCUGUUCAACAACGAGUGGGUCAUUACGGCAGGCCACUGCGUGGAUGGAAUGACCAACCCUGCCAUGUGGCGAGUCCGUAUGGGCCUGGCAUCCCUGCAGUACUAUGAGAACGGCGAGCAGGAGUUCACAGUCACAAAGGUCAUCAUGCACCCCAGCUACACCGCCAGCGCCAUGGGCUUCCCGCGCAACGACGUCGCACUGAUGAAGCUCAACAGGCCUGCUACUGUGAGCAACUAUGUCAACAACAUCUGCCUGCCUGAUCGUGACGCAAGCGUCGGGACCAACUGCGUCGUGAGCGGAUGGGGCGUGUACGACAUCCAGUCCCAGUAUUUUGGACAAGCUCCUCUUUCUGCGACCCUGAAGUGGACGUACGCCCCCAUACUGGACCCUGGGUACUGCAGCCAGAACUACAUCUGGGGUAGUGAAAUGGUCAGCAGCAUCAUGGUGUGUGCCGGGUAUGACCAUGGACAGGAUGACGCUUGUAACGGAGACUCUGGUGGUCCAUUCAUCUGUCCGUCCCCUGACGGCAGCCGCUGGGAACUGAAUGGAAUCGUCAGCUGGGGAGAACAGCCGUGCGGUGCGCAGUACAAGCCCUCCGCCUACACCCGAGUCACCGCCUUCAAGAGCUGGAUCCAGCAGACCAUCCAAUCCAACUAGAGCCGGCUCUUGCUUGUGCUCCGAAGGUCCCAGAAAAUACCGAGAUCUGUCGGCACUCGGCAAAAUAAAGUGAUGUGACUCUAAACAA